GAAUCAAUCUGGCAACCACGUUCCAUGUUACACUACACAGGCUCCUCUCGACAUCUCUUCACCACCAUCUCACAUCCCCGCUGGAACAUCACACUUGGGUGCAUUUAAACCGUCUUCGCUUCCCAAAUGCAAGCCAUCAAGUGCGUCGUGGUCGGCGAUGGUGCCGUGGGUAAGACAUGCCUGCUCAUCAGCUACACCACCAACGCCUUCCCGGGAGAGUACAUCCCCACAGUGUUUGAUAAUUACUCUGCCAAUGUGAUGGUCGAUGGGAAACCAGUGAAUCUGGGUUUAUGGGACACGGCGGGGCAGGAGGACUACGACCGUCUCCGACCGCUCUCCUACCCUCAGACGGACGUGUUUUUGAUCUGUUUCUCACUGGUGAGCCCGGCUUCCUUCGAAAACGUCAGAGCAAAGUGGUAUCCCGAAGUGCGUCACCACUGUCCCAACACACCCAUCAUUCUGGUGGGAACUAAACUGGAUCUGCGGGACGAUAAGGACACCAUCGAGCGCCUGAGGGACAAAAAGCUGUCCCCCAUCACCUAUCCUCAGGGUCUCGCCAUGGCCAGGGAGAUCGGAGCAGUGAAGUACCUGGAGUGUUCGGCUCUUACUCAGAGAGGGCUGAAGACGGUGUUCGACGAGGCCAUCCGCGCCGUCCUCUGCCCUCCGCCCGUCAAGAAGAGAGGGAAGAAGUGUACAGUGUUUUAAAAGCAGAACACACACCCGCACACACACACACACACACACUCGCUCACACAGAGUGCGGAGUGUUUCACUUGAACACACAGUCAUCAUACUGAGUUCCUACCGGCCGAUUUGGAUAGAGACGGAGUAAAAAACGUGACAGGUGAAACAUCACACACUGGAGUUUUAGAUACAGCGCAGCGGGAUUUAAAUAGCGAAAGGCACAAGACGGUUAUCGUGCCAAAUUCUCAUCCCUCUCAUCCCUAUUUCUGAACUCGAUUGCCUUAAUUGGUGCUUAAUUUCUGGUCAUGAGCAGGUCCUUGAUACACACACAUCCACACCUUGCAUGCGCUAAUAUUUGGUUUUGUGAUGUAGAUCAUGAUAUUUAACAAAACAAGAUUCGGACAGAUUCAAAAUUUCACGGCUGAGUGUCGCGUACGUGUCCGUAGGACGAGGAAAAAAAACAGACGAUUCAUAGAAACGUAACGAAAAGUAAGACAAUUGUGUUAAUAAAGAAUUAAUACAAACCCAAACCAAUGGGCGGAGCUUAAGCUGUAUACAAAGAUCCGACAUCACAAUCAAAUAAAAUUGAACUAAACAAGGCUAGCUUACGAACUUUUGAACUCUACAGGCUUUUAAAUACACGGAAAAAUAUCUAGCGUGAAAAAGAUUUGGUUAGCUUUAAAGGUUUUAAGCUAGCUACGUCUUUAGCAUUGUUUACAUAGCAUAAAAUCUUGAAUCGUGUCUUUAUAUCACUACGUGAAAGAAAGACAAUUGCAAUGUCUUUUGCUAAAGUUCGGUUCGAUAAGCUCCGCCUACUUCGACCGCGUGCAAAUGUCCGAUCCUCACGCAAUCCCCUGUUCACGUUUCCUGAAUUCUUCUGUGGAGAUUUUCCUCAUCGCUAACACUUUUAACACUUUGGGGGCAAACGUGGGCAUCGUUUUUGUUUUCGUUUUGUUUUUUGUUUUAUUUUUUCCUUCUCCUUUCCUUAUUGAUCUGUGAAUGUGUCUGAAGUCUGUGUAAAUAGAUAUUGUGAAUAACUUGAGGACCGAAUUGACGCCGUCUCUCGUUCUUGACUGUAAAGUAAAAUUUAAAAAACCCAAAAAAU